AUCCAUCAGAAGGGACGGGAGACGGAGAGAGGAAGGAGGAAAGGCAGGAGGCCGAGGAAGGGACUGCUAAACCCAUUUAAAUCCGCCUGACAGCGAGGACGAACACGACUUAUAAACGCUGCUAGAAAGCGAAAAAGGACAUUAUUGGGACCUGAAACCCUCGACCUUUUCCUCCUCUGCUCAAAUAAACGGCCACUUUUCAAGUCGUCUCGCGAGAAACUCGUCGAUUUUUAGCAGGUGAUCUUGGAUUAUUGUUUCUUUUGUUUUAAGAGGACGAAUUUUAAAGCGAGCUCAAGUUAUUGAGAAAUGGCUCAAGAGACGAACCAAAGCCCAGUCCCCAUGCUUUGUGCCACAGGCUGCGGUUUCUAUGGCAACCCAAGAACUAAUGGCAUGUGCUCUGUAUGCUACAAGGAACACCUGACAAGGCAGCAGAGCAGUGACCGCAUGAGCCCCCUCAGUCCAAUGGGGUCAACUGCUAGUCCUACCUCAGAGGCCUCAGCCAUCCAGAGACUAGAGGCCAGUCUAGCUAAGGUUGAUACCUCCCCUACCUCUUCGCCAGACAUGUCUAGAACUGUUCAAGGGUCUCUUCCUGUGACUCAACAAAUGACAGAGAUGAGCAUCUCGAGAGAGGACAAGCCUGAAACCCUAGAGCCUGUUGUAAGCCAGCCUGCUGCUUCUAGCCCUACUCCUGUAGCCACUUCCAGUGUUGAAGAAACCAAGGGUGAUACUCCAAAACCCAAGAAGAAUAGGUGCUUUAUGUGCCGCAAAAGGGUGGGCCUUACAGGGUUUGACUGUCGCUGUGGCAACCUGUUCUGUGGCAUCCAUCGAUACUCCGACAAGCACAACUGCCCCUAUGAUUAUAAGGCCGAGGCUGCUGCCAAAAUCCGUAAAGAGAACCCAGUGGUUGUGGCUGACAAGAUCCAGAGAAUAUAAAUUCAUCGAAAUGGCAGUGUUGGCAACGAUGAAACAUCUUAAAAAAGACUGGAGUAUGAGUGUGAACCUUUGAAAUGUGCACCGGCAUGGGUGGCUAAUUGAGGAUCGAAAGGACUUGAUUUACAAAACUGCAGCCUCAAGAAAAUAAUAGAAAAGAGAAAAAAACAUGGAAAGAUCCUGUUUGAGGAAGAUGCAUGAAUGAUCUUUUUUUUUUCUUUUUUUGUUUUUGAUUCAUUAGUUUGUUUUAUCCUCUUUUCUGUGGUGUGACUUUGCCGCUUUAAGUCCUUUCUUUCUUUUUUUUUUUUUUUUUAAAGAAUAUGUAUUGUCUUAUUAAGAACAAACCAGGCUAAAUGUCCAGGAUAUGCUGUGCUCCUCUCACCCAUACCAGGCGCCAUUUUGUGCCAAACCGCCACUUUACUUAACUCUGUCAAAAACAGGGAGGUCUUUGAAGGCAUUCAGACUUCAGAGAAACAGUCCAUGCAAGUUGUUCCCCUCAGCCUCACAACUUCUUGUUCAGUGCUCUGUUGGUACUGGAGUCAGUGUCCCCCCUUAAUGCACAAGAGUGUUUGUUACUUUGUCUUUCCUAGCUUUACCUACCUCACAGCUGCUGCAUUAAACAACAUUGUCUUCCCUUUUACUUUGUCAGCGUUGACCCCAGCAGAAUAGUGGAUCAUCAUGACAGUUGAACUCACUGCCCGUCUGAUCAGCUUGCCUCUAUAGACGUUGAUUGUUUUGGUUGUCAUGAGACCGUUUUUAUUAAACUCAGAGGUAUCAUGCUAGCUUAAGACAAAUUACUUCACCGUUCGUUGAAUCUGAGCAUUUGCAAUAGAUAUAACUUUAAACAGGGUUUCCCCAACUGGUUACAAAGUCAACCGAGUUGGCUUUGUAAUCUGACGCCUGGUGCAGGUUUGUGUGCACCAGUGUGUGGCUUGAGAGGAAGGACAGCACCCUUUCCUGGUGGGCCUGGUGGGUGAUUUUUUUUUUUUUUUUUCUACAAUAUUGUAGUGGCAUAAAUGAAUGAAAUAAGUGCAUGAGUUACUCUUCAUCUGCAUUAGUGUUUCAGAAAUAUCACUCAACUUAGGGUGUUGGAUAUUUUAUUUGCUGAGACAUUUAUCUGAUAUGUUUUAACUUUUUUUUUUUUCCUUUUUCCUGUCCCAUUGUACUGAUGUUGGCGCAUGAAUUCAGUGCAUUUGUGGAUUUUUUUUUUAAUGCGCUAACACAACAUUCAUGUGAGCACAGUGUGCGCGUUGAUGUAUGAGUGCGUUUCCCCCUCAAAUCUUUUUUUUAUUUUAUUUUUUUUAGCUGUGGAGCUACCCAGUUUAUCAGCACAUGUUUACAGAAGUACAGGAGCAUGCCAGAGCUAGACUUAUGAAAAAUAAUAGAAACCAAGAUUAGAUGUAACUUCUCAUCUAACAGCUAUUGGUCUAUGUGUCUGCCAUAGAGCACCAUUGAAAAGCGUGUGUGUGUGAAAUUGUGGGUGUGCAUGUGCACAUACCUCUGCGAAAGUGUGUUUCCAUGGCUGCCUGACACAUGGUAUGUUUGUGAUUUGUGUUACUUUCCCCUGUGAGGAUGUUUUUGAUUUAAAUAACUGUCUGUAUCUGUUUGAUUUUUUUCCCCCUUUUCUGACUUAGUUAUAUGCAAAUUUGUACAAAAAAAAGAGAAAAAAAACAACAAACCGUGUUGAUAUUUAUGUAUUACAUAUAAUCUUGCUAUCCAGCAUUACAACAGAAUAGUAUCAUGUAAAUAAAACUGUACAGAGAGACAUAA